AUGGCGUCCAACGCGCCAGCGAGAUGCUGCACCCUUGGAAGCUUGUUUGAGGGCAAGCCUGCCGGAAAGCUCAUUAAAAUCGACAACAAAAUCGAUGCCUAUGUCGCCACUCCUCCCGACGGCAAAGCCCACAACGGCUGUGGCAUUCUCUACGUUCCUGAUGUGAUUGGUAUCUGGCAGAACAGCCAGCUGAUGGCGGACCUCUUUGCCGAGCAGGGUUACACCACCGUUGUGCUUGACCUGUUCAAUGGCGACCCAGUCAAGCUGAACAGACCCGACGGCUUCGAUUUCAUGGCCUGGUUGAGCAAGGGCACCGAUGGAAACAACCCCCAUACGGCACCAUAUGUCGACCCCGUCGUCGAGGCUGGCAUCAAGUAUAUCCAGGGGCUGGGCAUCACGAAGCUUGGAGCUGUUGGCUACUGCUUCGGUGCCAAGUCCGUUAUUCGUCACUACAAGGACGGCAUCGACGUUGGCUUCGUUGCUCACCCCUCCUUUGUCGAGGAGGACGAACUCGCUGCUAUCGGCGGUCCCUUGUCUAUUGCGGCUGCAGAGACGGACGACAUCUUCCCUUCCGACAAGCGGCACAAAUCUGAAGAGAUUCUCAAGGCCACCAAGAAACCUUAUCAGAUUAACCUGUAUUCCGGUGUUGAGCAUGGCUUUGCCGUGCGCGGCGACCUCAAGGUCAAGGCGCAAAGAUUUGCCAAGGAGCAGGCGUUCUUGCAGGCCGUGACUUGGUUCGAGAACUAUCUUCUGCAGGAGGAUCAGUGA